AUGGCGGACACCAGCGGUGCCCCGAGCGACGGCGCGCCGAUCACCAUGAAGCUCCUGGUGGACUCGAGGCCGCCGCGGCCGCGCGUGGUGUUCGCGGAGGCCGGCAAGGACGCCGUCGACUUCCUCUUCUCCCUCCUCACCCUACCAACCGGCACCGCUGUGAGGCUUCUGGGGAAGGAGUCCAUGUCCAUGGUGGGCAGCGUCGGCAACCUCUACGCCAGCGUGGAGCGGCUCGAGGGCAGCUACCUCCGGCCCGGCUUCGCCAAGGACGCCCUCCUCUGCCCUGCCGCGCAGGCGAGCCCGCUCCUCCGCCUGCCGGCGCCGCCGGCCCCGGCGCCGAGGAGCUUCUUCACCUGCGGCGCCAUCAACCACUUCAACUACCAAGGCUGCCGCGGGUACGUGUCGGACGCGAGGGGCGCCCGGUGCCCGUCCUGCGGGAACGAGAUGGCGACCGAGACCCAGUACGUGCCGCCGCCGGCGCCGGCCCUGCCGGAGCAGAGCGCCGCCACGGCGAAGACGGGGUACGUGCAGGGCGCCGUGACGUACACGGUGACGGACGACCUGGCCGUGACGCCCAUGUCGGCCAUCUCCAGCAUCGCGCGGCUCGGCGCCCUCGCCGCCGUCGGGGGCCUCGCCGCGCUCCAGGAGAAGACCGUGGAGCUCGGGUACAGGGAGGGCCUGGAGAUCCUCAAGGCCUCGCUGCGGUCCAAGACUGUCCUCACGGACGUCUUCCUCUGCACCGGCGGCAAGAAGCCUCCUCCGUCGUCCAAGAACUGCAACGGCAACGGCGGCACAAGAUACGAGUGUCUCGCCUGGCGUGUUUGA